AUGUAUUGCUCGCCAUGCAGUCUAACUAUUCCUGUGUUUGGUAUUGAUGGUGCUGGAAAAUCCUCAUUAAUAUAUCGUUUGAAAGGAGCUUGCCUUGGUUUCAUCAAUCCCAUACCCUUUUGUUGUACCAAAAAAAAGACAAUUCGUAUGAAUUUAUACGAUUUAGGCGGACUCGAGUCCAUUCGAGCAAUUUGGAAAAACUAUCUGGCUGAAGCUCAUGGAUAUGUGUAUGUAAUUGAUGGAUUGGAUCUGACACGUUUAGGCGAGUCUGUCCAGGCACUGAAGGAUAUUUACUCGUUUCCUAAAAUGCAAGGAAAGCCUUUAUUAAUGUAA